UAUGGAUUUAUAAACACAUGCCUGAAGUCUUUGGUGGUUGAAAAGUAUGGUGAAGAAACAUGGGAAAAAUUAAGAUUGCAGGCUGGAGUCCAGGAUUCUUUCUUGACUUUUGAGGUUUAUGAAGAUGAGAUCACAAUGCAGCUUGUCGACAAAGCCUGCAAAAUAUUAGGUGUUCCAGCUGACAUGGUUCUGAGGGAGUUUGGAGAGUAUUUCUUUCAAUUCUGUAAACGCUCAGGCUAUGACCACAUGCUGAGGACACUGGGUGGAAAUCUCUACGAGUUCAUAGAGAACCUGGAUGCAUUGCACAGCUACCUGUCCCUUUCUUACCAGGAGAUGAAUGCACCAUCUUUUAGAGUAGAAAAGAAUGAAGACGGGUCAAUGCAUUUACAUUACUAUUCUGACAGAAGAGGAAUCAUUGGUGCAGCAGCCCUGGAUUUUUUUAACAUUGAGAUUUCCAUGGAAAUAAUCAAUCAAACAGAAGAAGAAGAAAGAACUGGGAAAAAAGAACAUACUGUUUUUCUUGUCACUCAAACCCCUGUAUUUUCAUACAAGGAAAGAAAUGAUUUUUCUUCUACAACUCAAUAUCUUGCUGACUCUGAAAAACAAAUUGAGAACCAACUGAAUAAAGAG